AUGUCAGACACAGAGGAUGUCAAACCCGAUCUAGAACAACCGGCGAAACUGAAGAACAGCAAGAAUGUCACCGUUGCAUUCAAGCUCAAUGGAAAGAACUACCCAUUAUGGUCGAGGCUUAUGAAAGUCAAGAUCGGAGGCCGAGGGGCAUAUUCGCACAUCAGAAACUAUCCCCCAGAACCCAGGAGCAAGGGUUAUGACGACUGGGAGGAAGACGAUCUAGUGAUGUUUUCAUGGAUCGUCGAUAAUAUCGAAUAUGAAAUCAUUGCCGACUUUGCUCAUCACCUAACGGCGAAAGCUCUUUGGGAUAACCUCGUCAUAACGUUUGAGAACAAGGCGGACAAGUACCUCAUAUAUUACCUGGAAGAGAAAGCAAUCACAAUCAGACAAGGAGAUCUGGACUUAGAGACGUAUUACCGGAGAAUCAACGGGCUAUGGAUUAACAUCGACCGGUGCCAGAAACAGCCCAUCACUUGUUGCGAUAAGGGCGUCAAUCAAUACCGAACACAUUCGAAUGAAAAGAGGUUGUUCAAGUUUCUGGCCUGA